AUGCAUGAUUCUGUAGCGAAAGUGGAGAAACUGGUGGCUGAUAUGACCCAUCAGCUCAUUGCCAGCGCUAAUAGAGAUGAGUAUAUUGAAGUAGAAUUGAAGAUGUUGUUUGGCAAAUUUGUUAAAAAGCCUGUGAAAAUUCGCCAGCAGAGGUUUGCUUAUUUUAUUUCUGAACAAUACAUUUUCAUCACCAUUAGUACAAAAAGGGGAAUACAGGCAUGUGUGGAAGCAUCUUGCCUAGACUCAAGUGACUUUGUAUGUGCCAUACAUCAGUGGUUAUGUCAAAUUUUCACAUUCAAAUCUUUGCGAAGUAAUUUCUCUGAUUAUAAUGUAUACAAACUAAUCCAACACAUGGGUCGUCAUCAAAUAAACUGGGCAGUUAGUUUUUAUCUCCAUAGAAAUUGCACUUCAUCUUGA